AUGGACGAAGAAGCAAGACUGUCUGCAGAACCUCAAAAAGAAAUCCGGACCGUUAAUAUCAAGUCUCUCACCGUUAAGGUAGCAAGUGCCGGUAAGGAACUGGGUAAGGAAAUUCUAGCCGACAACGUCCCCUCAACUCCAAAUUCACAGUCAAAGAACUCAUUUACAAAUUCUGUUGCAUCGUCUCCAUGUAAGUCUCCACUCGUGUCCCCCACAUCGUCUGCAUUUGUUUCAGCAUUACAAUCUCCUUAUAUUUCUCCAAGGGCAAUUUUGGGUACAAAUUCAAAUCCAACCCAAGAGAGUCCCACCCCGGAAACUACAUAUGCUGAACCAUCUCCACCAGCAUCAUACUGUGGUUCCCAGACUGACGACAUCCCUAGCACUUCGUACACCCCACCUCUGGAGAGAUGUGAUUAUUCUGAUGACGCAGCAAACACAAAGCUCAAAAUUGUUACCUGUGUUCCAUUUUCAGGUCCAGACACUGGCCCUCGCAUUUCGUUAUCAUUUCCUGUCCCUCGAAUGUCCUUUGCAAAAGCCUCUGUUACACCCAUUUCCAAUUCCAAACUUAGAAGCUGUGACGUGUACAUAGGCUUCCAUGGUCAGAACCCAAACUUGAUACGGUUCUGCAAGUGGCUUAAAUCGGAGCUUGAGGUUCAGGGCAUUGCUUGCUUUGGUGCUGACAGAGCAAACUAUGUGGAUAAUCAGAGCCACGAGAUUGCUGAUAGAGUUAUUUGCUCGGUAACCUUUGCUGUUGUGGUUGUCACCAGGUAUAGCCUUCUUAACCAUCUAAGCUUGGAGGAGCUCAGAUUCUUUGCUCACAAGAAGAACUUGAUUCCUGUGUUCUUCGAAACUGAUGCUAACAAAAUUGCAAGUCUCUUCAACCCCCAUUCUGAUAACAAGGAAUUCAAAGAAGCAUUGGAUGGAUUAAUGAGAUCUCAUGAAUUCAAACUGGAAGCAAAUGAUGGUAGCUGGAGAAGUUGUGCAUCAAAGGCUGUCGGGAUACUAAGAACAAAGCUUGGGAGGAAGAGUGUGGCGGAUAAGGAAGUAGAGAUGUUUGAGGAGUUACCAUUCCCGAGAAACAAAUACUUUGUGGGGAGGGAGAAAGAAAUUAUGGAAAUUGAGACUACAUUCUUUGGGUAUGGGGAUUAUUUGGAGCAAGAAUGGCCCAUGUUGACCAUUAAAGGAGGAACACCAGCUCCAUCUGAAAGUCUAGCAGAGGAGGAACCAAAUUUAGGGGCUUCGGUUGAACCAGAAUUUGGAAGAAAUUCACCAAAGAGGCCUAAAUAUAGAAAGUCAAAAAGUGGUAAAUAUAAGAACUAUGGAAGCAGUGUUAUAUGCAUAAAUGGAUCCCCGGGAACUGGAAAGACAGAGCUCGCACUGGAAUUUGCCUACAGGAACUCCCAAAGAUACAAAAUGGUUUUGUGGGUUGGUGGCCAAGGUCGGUAUUUCAGGCAAAAUAUACUGAAUUUAUCUGUCAAUAUGGGGUUGGACGUGAGUGCAGAUGCAGAGCAGGAAAGAGGGAGGACCCGGAGCUUUGGCGAACAAGAAACCGAAGCAUUUAAGAGAGUUAGACGGGAGCUGUUCCGGGACAUGCCCUAUUUACUGAUUAUUGAUAAUUUAGAGACUGAGAGAGAAUGGUGGGAAGGGAAAGAUCUACAUGACUUUAUACCAAGGAACACAGGAGGCACCCAUGUAAUUAUCACAACAAGGCUCUCCGGAGUAAUGAACUGUGACCCUUUGCAGCUUCUACCAUUGCCUUUUGCAGAUGCAAUGACAUUGCUCAGAGGAAGAAUGAAAAAUGAUUAUCCUACUUCAGAGCUAGAAUUUCUUGAAAAGUUCAAUGAUAAAUUGAGAAGGUCGAGUUUUGGAUUGUGGGUGGUUGGUUCAUUGCUUUCUGAACUUACGAUUGCUCCAUCUGCUCUUUUUGAGGCUGUGAAUCAGACGCAACAUGAAGAAGAUGGCGACUGCUUAAGUCUGGACAAUUCAGAUCAACAAUUUUAUAGAACCAAUCCUUUCCUAAUGAAAGUUCUGUCCUUUUGUGCUGCUUUAUUGCACCAAAUAAAGGGGGGUCGGAACCUCCUUGCAUUUAGAAUGCUACAGGUUGGAGCAUGGUUUGCCCCAGCACCUAUUCCGGCAAAUCUACUAACCGCAGCAGCAAAUAACAUACCAUCUACACGAAAAAAAUUGAGCAAGUGGACAAAAUGCCUGAAACUCAAUUUAUGUCGUUCAAGUUGCUUUGCAAGCCAAAGUUGGAUGAGUAAAGAAGAUCCAGCCUUUCUCUUGGUUAAACUUGGUUUGGCUUGGAAAGCCAAUAGAGAGCCUGGAUGUUGGAUUCAGUUCCACCCCAUAGCUCAAACAUUUGCGAAAACAAAAGACGGAUUAGUAGCUGCAAAGGCAACAGUUCAGGGUAUACGGAAAACUGGGAAUCCAGUGGCAAAUUCAGAUCACCUAUGGGCUUCUGCUUUCCUAGUCUUCGGCUUCAAAUCCGAAACUCCACUCGUCCAGCUCAAGCCAAUUGACACAGUUCUCUUCAUUAGAAAGAUAGCUCUGCCUUUAGCUAUAAAAGCCUUCACAAACUUCUCAAGGUGUACCUCAGCCUUAGAGCUUCUGAAACACUCCACGAACACGCUCGAAGAAUUAGAGAAGUCAUUUGCGUCCCAGAUACAGGAUUGGUGUCACGAUUCUAUUUGCUGGAAAAACGCACUACAACCAAAUCAAAGAGUGGACGAGCACGUAUGGCAAGAAGUGACCUUGCUGAAAGCUACCCUCCUCGAGAUGAGAGCAAAAUUGCUGCUGAGAGGGGGCCAUUUCGACAGCGGCGAAGAGCUAUGUAGAACUUGCAUCAGUAUCAGGACAGUGAUGCUAGGCCACAAUCAUGCUCAAACAUUGGCUGCCCAAGAGAUAUUGGCCAAAUUAGUAAGGAUGAGGAGUAAAAUGUGA